AUGAUCACAAAAAGCAAACAAGCAAGUCAGCACGCCGCAGACUUACGAGAGACGUUCCUUACCCUUCGAAAGCACCAAAUGAAACUCAAUCCUGACAAGUGUGUGUUUGGAGUUACCGGAGGAAAGUGCCUCGGCUUCCUGGUAGACGAGCGAGGCAUUGAAGCAAAUCCUGAUAAGAUCCGGGCUAUACAGAACAUGAGAUCCCCCACCUCAGUAAAAGAAGUACAAAAGCUCACGGGGUGCGUGGCUGCUCUUGGAAGAUUCCUUUCCAAGUCCGCGGAUAAAUAUGGGUCCUCAACACAAUCAGCAAGUGGGGCUGGACUCCUCAUUGUGUCUUCCGCCGGGGUCCGUAUGGAAAGGGCGGUCAGGUUCGAGUUCGCAGCAUCCAACAACGAGGCCGAAUAUGAAGCAUUAUUGAUGGGACUGAGAAUUUGCUACGAAGCGGGAGCCAAAAAAUUGUCCGCCUUCUCUGACUCCCAAUUGAUUGUUGGACAAGUGAACGGGGAAUUCGAAGCUAAAGAUGAUAGCAUGAAAAUGUACCUGCAGCAAGUAAAGGAAUUUGUUCAAAAAUUCGACAAGUUCACGUUGGGGCACAUUCCAAGAUCCCAGAAUGCCCAGGCUGAUUCCCUAGCGAAGCUUGCCAGCUCAGCAGAAACAUCCGCGGCUCGAGACAUAAUCUGA